AUGUUGAAACAUCUUGCAUCCUUUGCUGUUGGAGUUUAUGUUGGUAUCUACCUGGAUCAAAAUCGUCAAAUCCAAGCGGUUUCUUCACCAAAAGAGUUGUUUAGUCGCUUUUUGGAUGAAGCUGAUCAUUUUUUAACUGGUGUUCGUGAAGAAAAUAGCCAGGAUCAGUUGAGGAAGGUAGAAGACGAUUUCUUCAAAGAUGUAGAAGAUUGGUUCAAACCGAAGAAGCGUUUUCCCUAA